UGUUCGCUUCGAAACCUCAAUCUCAUUGCCUCGAAUUUUUCUGGAAAUUUCGGCUGCUUCGUCAUCCCUGAGGAUCGUCGCAGUUAGUGGGGCGCUCGAUCGACAGUGAUCCGAGAACGAAGAGGCCGCAUUCGGAUUGGACGAGUCGAAAAGAUAGUUGAUAAUUCGUCACAAUGGCAACAACUGCUUGUUUUAUCAUUGUCAGCAGAAAUGAUAUCCCCAUAUAUGAAGCUGAAGUUGGAUCUGCUGUUAAAAGAGAAGAUGUGGCACAUCUGCAUCAAUUCAUUCUGCAUGCAGCUCAAGAUAUUGUUCAGGAUCUCGCAUGGACAACUAGUGCCAUGUUUUUGAAAGCAAUAGACAGAUUUAAUGAUCUUGUGGUUUCAGUGUACGUCACAGCUGGUCAUACUCGACUUAUGCUACUUCAUGACUCGCGUAACGAUGAUGGAAUCAAGAGCUUUUUCCAAGAGGUUCAUGAGCUUUAUAUUAAGAUAAUUCUGAACCCGCUCUAUUUGCCUGGUUCCCGCAUUACAUCUUCACAUUUUGAUACAAAGGUCCGUGCUCUUGCAAGAAAAUACUUAUAAAAGCCACUUUCUGGGAACAAGUCAGUCAUGGGACAGUGAUGAGCAUGCACGAUUUGACCAGUAAGGACUGGUGGACUACUCAUAGGCCGUCAUCAAUUACGCGCUCGCUAAUUUCCCGUUAGGAUCGUUUGAUCAACAAAUAGAAUUUCCUUUUAGGAUCUGAGUGUGUUGCAGAUAUAUGCUUGUGUUGUUGUAUCAGAAUUAAAGCACUCGAUAUCUCAUUUUGCUGAUGGUGAUGUCAUGGUUGGCCUGAUGAUCAGGAACGUGACCUGCUAUUCUUUUUUUUUU